AUGCAAUACAGAACUUCAAAACAAGAUAAUAGUAAAUCCAAAAUGGCUGCUAUUACAUGUCUUAUCAUGGUUUAUGUCGGUGGCCCCCAGGCCUCACGCCUUUGCAUUGUGCAUUUGUGAUUGGUUCAUUGUCUAGUGCUUGGAUUGAUGGUGUCAGUGCUAUACCCACCUAGGGGUGGAGCCAGGAUGUGAUGUAAUGGCAGGAAGAAGGCACAUCUCUCUCUUGCCGGUUUCUGCCUUACUGUUUGCAGCUGCCAUGGACUGCAGCCGUACCAUGCCACCCUGUCUUGGAACCAACUGAGUACAGACUGAAACCUCCAAAAACUAAGUGUAUUGAAGAAGAGUGGUGACAAUGGACAACUGUGGUGGACUGAAAAUUGAUAGUCAAUUUGUAGCCCUAGCUGAAUUCAAUCAGCAUGGUGCUGAGUGGAUCACUCACCUGCAGACUGCUGCCAGCACAAAAGGGAGGACUGGAGAGGAAGAAACCUUGAUUACAACAAUAUUCUUGUCUCAUUCCUGAUUUUAGAGGGAAAGUUUUGUUCAUUUCACAUGCCGUUGGCGGUUGGUUUGUCAUAAGUGACCUUUAUCAGAUUGAGUUUGCUCAUCUGGAAAAUGAAGACCUUAGACGAGGGAUCUCCGCUGGGCAGUCACUCAGCUCCACCCCCCAAGACCGGGGUCUGCAUGGAUCUGGUUUUCUCAGACUUCUAGGACUCGUCAGUGUCCAGCAAGGACUGAGGCUGUGAGGCCGUGACCAAGGGAGAGACAUGGUCACUGCAGGAAGGGGCGUAUGAGCAUGGGUACUUCUGUAUCCUGUUUACAUCCUUGUGGAAUACUGUCCUGGAGGAUCUUGAACAAACCCAGCUAACAACAGGACACAGCCUUUCGUGAUGUCUGGCCUGGAAACGCCACACUCAGGGCCCAAAGGCACCAGUGGCAUGGCGACCUACCCAGAGGAGGCUGAGCUGGAGACCGAGUUCCCCGGGACCACAUUCUAUGACUAUGAAUUUGCACAGCCUUGUUUCAAAGUCAGCAUCACAGAUCUUGGGGCCCAGUUCCUACCCUCUCUGUUUUCCCUGGUAUUCAUUGUCGGCCUCCUGGGAAACAUAACAGUCAUAGUGGUCCUCACCAAGUACCAGAAGCUCAAAAUCAUGACCAACAUUUACCUGCUCAACUUGGCCAUUUCUGACCUGCUCUUCCUCUUCACGCUUCCCUUCUGGACUUACUAUGUUCACUGGAACAAGUGGGUGUUUGGCCACUUCAUGUGUAAGAUCAUCUCAGGGCUCUACUACGUGGGCUUGUUCAGCGAGAUCUUCUUCAUCAUCCUGCUGACCAUUGACAGGUAUCUGGCCAUUGUUCAUGCCGUGUUCGCCCUGCGAACCCGUACUGUAACUUUUGGUAUCAUAACCAGUGUCAUCACCUGGGUUCUGGCGGUGCUAGCUGCGCUCCCUGAAUUCAUGUUUUAUGGGACUCAGGGGCACUUUGAAGUCUUAUUCUGUGGUCCUUCUUACCCAGAGAAGAAAGAACACCACUGGAAGCGUUUCCAAGCUCUCAGGAUGAACAUUUUUGGCCUGGCACUCCCUCUGCUCAUUAUGAUCAUCUGCUACACAGGAAUCAUUAAGACCCUGCUGAGAUGUCCCAGUAAAAAAAAGUACAAGGCCAUCCGACUCAUUUUUGUCAUUAUGGUGGUCUUUUUUGUGUUCUGGACACCUUACAACCUGCUCCUCCUUUUCUCUGCCUUUGAUCUGUCCUUCCUGGAUGACUGUGAGCGGAGCAAACAGCUGGACAUGGCCAAGCACGUGACAGAGGUGAUCGCCCACACCCACUGCUGCAUCAACCCCAUCAUCUACGCCUUCGUGGGGGAGAGGUUCCAGAAGUACCUGCGCCACUUCUUGCACAGGAAUGUGACCAUGCACUUGAGCAAAUACAUUCCCUUCUUCACCAGUGAGAAACUGGAAAGGAGCAGCUCAAUCUCCCCAUCGUCAGGGGACCCGGAACUCUCUGUUGUGUUUUAGAUCCACUGCUGAGAGAUUCCUAAGGAUGGACUGGGCAGGAGAAGCCGGCUACAUCAGCCUCUUGGCCAGUGCUUUGAAUGUGCAGCACAACACUGAAGCUUUUGAAGUCCUUGCAAUACAUACAAUGGUGCCAGAACAUGCCCACCCCAACAUCAUCACCAGAAGCCAUAGGAUGGGCAGUUUCCUCCAAAGAAACCUCUGCUUGAUUCCCUGAAGAGUUACCUAAAUUUUCAUGCACCUACCAGUUAGUUAGUAUGCUUGGCUGCAAACAGGUGACAUAUCUUAUAACUUAGAGACUUACUUCUGCCAGCUACUGGCAUAAAUGACGUAAUUGCAUAAAACACCAUAUUCUAUCUACUUGAUUUCCUUUCUCUGAUUUGUGAAAGGCUUUUGUGAGUGUGAGGUGGGGGAUUGUAUGUGAAUAAAUUUUCCCAAGCAACAUAAUAGCAUGCCAUACCACUUCUAGAUAUUCUUAAUAGAGACUCACAUCCAGUUUAUAACAAACUACCAGAUUUCUCACCAGUGACUCUCACAGGCCAGGAGAGUGCACUCUGUCCUCUCAAAUGCCGGCCUCUUAUAGUAGAGCAGGUCAAGGGCCUCCCCUACACAUGAGUUCCGUGAGCGGACAGGAGCAAGGUCAGGCUCAGAAGGGCACUAGCUCAGCAGCUCAGUGGCUCUCAGCCUUACUUUGGGACCACACUUUGAGAAAUACUGCUCUGGCUAGAAGGCUCUUAGACACACUCAGGAUGAUCACGAAACUAAAGAUUUCAUGGUGGUCAGACAGUAGUCAGAGGGAGACGCCAAAAGCCCCGUGGAUGCAGCUAUGCUAACGAUAAAGGAUCGAUAAAGGAUAGUCAGUCACCGUGGUGCACAGUUGCUAACGUUGUCUCCACCGCUAAGUGGUCUAGAGAGGAUUUCCAGUCCUCCAGUUUGACUCAGCUAAGCUUUGCUUGAGUGUCAGUAUUUCACACCUUGUACUAGAAGCUGUGGGAGGCACAAAAUGAAUGGAACCUGGGAGAAGCACAUCCUAAGGAGGGAAAUACAACUUUUAAGUGUUUUUUAAAAGGAACAGCCCAGGUCCUCAUUUCUCUUUCUUCUUGCUGUUUAAGUCUUCUUGGGAAAGAAGGAAGGUCUAAAUUUCUGUUUAAUGUUUACCUUGCACUAGCGAGCACGUUUGACAGUGUCAAAUGAGCCACCAGGUGUUCAUCCGGCUGUCAGGUGAGACAGGGACACGAGGUAUACAUCUUCAGUGAAGAUGCAAAAAUAUAUGACAAGCUAUGACAGCUGAGCUUGUUACCAUGAUCAACUUGGGAGCUACCUAGGGGAUUUGCAAACCACAUUUCUCAGUGUGGGGGACCUGGGAACUAUGCCCAGUCCUUCGUUUAUUCUUCUCUGAUGCUGUUCCUCUGUUUUGCAUCCUCAUCUCCAUGAACUAAGUAGCUUUGCUCUGCCACAUUUUUCUGCCAUGAUAUUUUGGCUUGGAGCCAGCUGAACAUGGGUGGAAUCCUCUGAAGCCACCAGCCAAAUAAAUAUCUUGACACUAGUGAGUGUCAUGUAUUCUGUGCAGAAAUAAGAAAACUGACUACUAUAGAAAAUUAGUAAUGAGAGUGUGAUCAUUGCUGUGUCUCUAUGUGACCAUGUGGCUUGGAAGCCUUUGGAACUGGUUUGUGGAAGGAGUUUGGAUGGGCUUGGAGAUUUGACCUAGAGAAGCCUUAAAAUUCUGUAAGAGCUUGAUGGAUAAGCUUGAUAGUAAAAUGCUGUAGAAGAUUUAUGCUCAGAGUUCUGAAGACCAGAAUGCUGAUGGAAAUGCAGAUAAUCAAGGUCAGGCUCAGGAGGUUUCAGUUAGGAAUGAAGACCUUAUUUGGAAGGAAACUAAAGGUCAUGAGCGAUACACUCUGGGAAAAAAAUUUUUUUUGCGGUAGUUUGUACACGUCCUGAGACUCUGCCCAAGGCUGGCAUUAAGGAUGGUGGGUUCACUGAUCUGCUGGAGGAAAUUUCAAAACAGCCCAGUGUUCAAGCUGAGUCAUGAGUACUUCUGUCUGCUUUUUAGCCAGAUUUAUAGUGAGAAUUAGGAACAAAAAGGAAAACAGAAAUAUUUGAAAAUGUUACAUUUUAGCCUGAAGGGGACCAUUUGUAAAGAGAUUGGUACUGUAAAAAAAUAAAAUAAAAUUUUAAAAACCCAAAUAUUUUUAGCAAAGACAAAGACAGAUGCCUAGAGGGCAUCUCAGGAAUCAGCAAAGCUGCAUCACCAACUAUACAGCAAGGCUCAAGGUACAAAGAUGUAAGGCUUUCAUUUGAAAGGAAAGUCUCUGGGGUCCCUGUUACAGAGGGUCACCUAGGGAAUUGGUUCUCCAGGAUUCUGCUUCAUGAACUCAGUCUUUCAGGCAGUCAGAAGUCACCGCAGCCAUGGCUCAAGAGGGUCUGGCUCCUGCACAUACUGGUGGUGGACCUUGGGUGUACUUGUCAGGUAUUCUGUCCAGGAACUGAAAAUCUGACUAAUACAUAAAUGCAAUCUCUGUUCCCAUGAAGCUUUCAGUCUAAUAGGAGUUACAAGAUAGUGUUGGAGCACAUUGUAUGAUUAGUAAGGCACAGUUAUAGAACAACAAACUUAUAGACGUUAUAGCAAAUUAAAAUCAAACAAUAGCCUCUGCCGAUGUUAUUGCUGCCUGUCCUGUAGCUAACCUGCUAACUUCAGUCAGCCUUGACCAUCUGGGUCCAGCUGCUUUCCUUCUGAUAAUGUGCUGGGUCAAUUUGACUAUUCUCAAUUUGUUUCCCUUAAUUAAGCAAAUAUACUGCUUCUAACUGGCUUCAAGAACUUUGGUUUGGGUAAAAUAAAGAUACUUUUUAACUCUGCUUGCUCAAGUUGGACUCCCUGCCCUCAUCUCCAAGAAUUUCCUAUGAUAGACAACUCCUUUUAAGCAAGUGUAAUAGGGUAGUUCAUCUGACACUGUAUGACUUAAUUCAAUCAUGUAACGGCUUGUACUUCCUGCUUGCAAAACCGCCUCAGUGCUGAUGAUUUGGAACUGAGAUUCCCUGCUAGCAUAAUAAAGUUGUCUUCUAACUCCAA